AUGUCUAGUAAGGUUGUUGUCUUGGUGCUUGUAAUUAGUGCCCUUGCAUGCAUUGUUGGGGCUCGAGUUUUGUUGAAUAAUGAAGGAAACAAAACCUCCGUCCUUCCGCAAAGUGAAGAAGGUGAUGCGGAAGACAAUGGCGAUGGAUUCGAUGGCAGUGGUACUAUAGGCAGUGGUUUACGUCGUCCACCUCCAAUGGGAGGCAUUUCAGGAAGUACUGGUGCUGGUAGUGAGCUGUUUGGAGGUGGUGUUGACCUCGGAGCUGGUGGUGGAGGAGGACCACUUGGUGGUAUAGGUGGAAGGAUUGGUGUUGGAGGUGGCGGUGGCGGUGGCAGUGGUUCGGGUUUGGGCUUGGGUCUGGACCUGGAAGUGGCAUUCACGUGGGGCCGGACUUGGCGUGGGUUUUGGAGGUGA